AUGAUGGCACAGCAGCAGGCGCCGCAGCAGCCGCCAGGACCGAUGCCUCCGCAGGUGCAGCAGGGGCCGGUGGUAGUGACGAAUGUGGUGUUUGUAGUGGACACCAGCGCGAGCAUGAAUCAGCGCAUCUACAACGGGCUGUCCCUACUCGACUGUGCCAAGGCUGCCAUCGAGCAUUUUCUCAAAGUGCGCGGACGCGACCUUAGAUUCGAUCGCCUCUUCCUCCUGACCUUCGACGAUGGCCCCUCUGGCAUCAAGGUGGGGUGGGGCAACGACUCGUUCCUAAAGUUCACGGAGGAGGUCAAGAACCUGGUGGCCACCGACCUGUCGGCCGUGGGCGCCGCCCUCAAGCGGGCCUUCGACCUCCUCAACCUGGUCCGCUUCAGCUCCAACUUUGACAACUACGGCCUCGGUCGCAUUCCAUGGCUGCCGGAGCCGUCGGUGGUGAUUCUCCUCACCGAUGGCGGCGCCCUCACCAGCCACACCGGCGUCCUCAGCAAUCCGGGAUCGGAGUUGACCGUGGAGCCGUUCCGGUGGGACCAGCGCCUGUUCAGCGUCCUCCUACGACCCCCGUCCACCUCGGCUGCCAGCGACGCGCCCGGCGGCGGCGCUCCUUCGGGCGCGCCCGUGCCCAACGACCCGCAAGGAAGCCCGUCGUCCCACCUCACCGCCAUGAGCGAGGUCACCGGCGGCAAAUGCUACGUCGCCACCUGCAUGAAGACGCUGUUGGGGUGUGUGGAGUCAGUCGUGGGCCGCCUCAACACGGGCGGUCUUGUCGUCAACUUCGAUCGAAUGAGCCUGGCCGACGACCCUCCGACCGGCUUGCAGCUUCCGGCGUCUCCGCAUCGGCUGCUGUUCCUGCGCCCCAUCGAGGGCCGGCUGCCGCUGGGCAACUGGCCGCUCCCCGAAUCGUUUCCGCCGGAGGCCAUCCUGGGCCUGGCCGCCGACCAGCUGCUCCCGGCGCGCGUGGCCCACCCAGUCCUGCUUGUGCGCGAGGUCGAGACCGAGCCCUACAUCUACCCGGGCUUCCCCUUCGACGAAUACGAGGUCGAGCCCUGCCCCCUCACCACCGCCCUCAUCACACAGCUUUCCCAGUCCAAGACGGGGCAGGUGUGCUGCCAGGUGUAUGCGGCGAACUCGGGGCCGGGCGAGCCGUUCGGGUUCAUCAAGGCGGCGCGGUCGCGCAAGACGGGCCACAAGAGCGUGACGCUGGUGGUGCUGCCCUACAACUACCCCCGCCUGUGGCCCCUCCUCGACGAACUCAUCAACACCCACCGCAACAUGCCCAACCACAAGUGGCGCAAGGAGUUCGACUCGUACCUGGCGCGGCUGCCGCCGUACUACUUCCCCUACCUGCGUGCAGCGUUCAAGCGAUAUUCGUUUCCCGUGCCGGAACACAUCGAGGACGGCUACACCAAUAUCAUCAACACCCACCUCCAGAAGAUCAAACUCCUCGCCCAGCAAAAGUACGACGCCGAGCGGAUGCGGGGCAAGACCGCCCGAUCCCAGUCCCUCGCCGCAGCGGAGGCCAACAACAGCAGCAACGGGGAGAAGUGGGGCGUGGCGCGUACGGGCCUCCUCGCCCAGGUCAAGCAGCUCCAGGCGCGCCUCGUCUUCGGCCUCGAGAGCGAGAAGAAAGACACGGAGACGGCACGAGCGCACUCGGUGCCGAUCGCGCACAUGGGCAACUACCACGAGAUCCUGCGCAACCAGCUGCGGCCCAUCGAGGAGGACCCCAAGCGGCGGGCCGUGUUCUUCGGCAACCCGUUCGUGGUCGCGCGCGCCGACAAGGCCGGCAAGAUGGCCAACAUGAUCGACGCCCUCGAUAUCGAGGCCGCCUCCGAGAACGAGGGCCUGGGCGCCGCCGGCGGCGCCGGCCUCCCGCUCCGCAGCAAGAAGCGCAAGGUCAUGCCCUCCUCCCUCCCCGGCAAACCCGCCUCCCACCCCCCACCCCAGGCCAAGAAGCCGAAGUUGGCGGCGCCCACAUCACAGCAGGCUACGGCGGCGGUCGGGGCGCCGCCAGCAUCGGCGGUUGCGCCGACUCCGGCAGACGACCAGACGCCGUCGCCGCCGCCGGCCCUGCACCAGCCGUCGCAGGCGGCCCAGGCCGAGGCCCUGGCCGGCGCGCUCGGCGUGGGCGGCGAGGAGGAGGAGGGCGAGCUGCAGGAGGAGCCCACGUCGUCGCCGCAUCCGGGCGUCGAUCUCGAGGGCCGGCUGCUGGCGGUGGACGACCUGGCCGACGACGAUGAAGACGACGAUGAGGAGGGCGAGGAGGGCGAGCUGGAGGGGGAUCAGAUGGGCGACGAGGCCGGCCAGGAGCAAAGGAGACCCUCGCUGGAGGUGGGCGACGAGGGAGACGAGGAGGGCGGCGAGGAGGGAGAGCUCGAUCUGAGCACCGACGAGACGGAGAGCGGCGACGCCAGCGCCAACAACGAAUACCCGCCACCGGCGGCGGCCGCCGCAAGCGAGGCCGACGAGGCCGACGCCUCUGACAGCGGCAGCCUGCUCUCUCGGCUCUUUAUGCCACGACCAGUUCCCCGCCACACCCAGGCCAACUCUGAGCGGAGGGCGGCGCUGGUGAGUCUGAUUCGGCAGCGGAGGACGGACGAAGAGGCGGUGGUGCGGCUCGUGGAGGAGAUGGAGGGCACCCACGACGAGCGGAGGCGACACGCGGCCUUUGCCCUGAACCUCGCCCAGCGGUGGAAGAAGGCGGCCCUUUCCAGCCGCCUCCUCCCCUACGUAUCGGCUUGA